AAUAGGUUUUAAAUUUUCAAUAACAAAUAUUAAUGGAAUUGAACUAACUUGAACUAUGGUUUUCAGUUUAUAGAGUAUAUAGUAUAGUAUAUAACAUAUUCAACAUAAUUCUUAAUUAAACUCUGAUGACCCAACUCGUAUUUCUUUAGUAUUCUUCAAAAAACCGAUAAGCUUUGGUAAAACCCACUUGAUAAGUUUCAAUAUACACUCAUGGGCAAUGAGCUCUAAUGCUCAGUUUUCUUUAGGCAUCGGCAACAUAAUGUGGAGAAUUUCGGUGAUUUUUGUUUGUUAUUUCGUGAGCUCGACUGCAGCCCAAGUUAUUCCAAAACACAAUUGCUCUGAAUACUUUACAUAUGGCAUAGAUCCUAGAGGGGAAUAUAUAGGCAUUUUAACGGCACAUAAAGGUGGUCUUCCCAAAUUGAACUUUAGAGCGGAAUUCGUGGCGAUGAAUUACAAUGAUGUUAGCAAUUUGCUCCUGUAUCCUAACGAAAGUCAAUCCAUCUUUAAUAUUAACAAGGGGUUUCGUGGACAGAUGUAUGUUUACUUCAGUUCUUCAGAAGCGCUACCAGAACUAAAGUCAUUUUACGUUAACAAUAAGCUUCUGUGCAGACAAAGUUCCGAUCAUACUUUCGGAGGACAUUUACAAAUUGAAAAAACAAGACAAACAUCAACCAGUACUAAAAUUCAAAAGAUAAAAAACACCCGCCCAAAAAUGCUUCCAACAUUUCCGAAAAUAGAACCCAGAAGGUUUAUAUAAUCCAAAAUUCGACACUGUAAUAUUAAACGAAAAAACAAUGAUAGAUAAUAAAUUGAAUUAAAUAAAUAUAAUAAAGAUUAUCUGAAGAUUAUUAAUCGCAAAAGGCUGUUAAUAUAUAAAAUGAUGGGAAACACAAAAACAAG